GACUCCGGCCCUCCCUGCCCGCCCGCCCGCCGGCCGGCCGGGGCGCCCACCUCGCCGGCGCCGGGCCUGGGAGCGAUGACAUCGACGGGGAAGGACGGCGGCGGCGGCGGAGCUCAGCACGCACAGUAUGUGGGGCCCUACCGGCUGGAGAAGACGCUGGGCAAGGGGCAGACAGGCCUGGUGAAGCUGGGGAUCCACUGUGUCACAUGCCAGAAGGUCGCCAUCAAGAUUGUCAACCGGGAGAAGCUCAGCGAGUCGGUGCUGAUGAAGGUGGAGCGGGAGAUAGCCAUCCUGAAGCUCAUAGAACACCCUCACGUUUUAAAGCUGCACGACGUUUAUGAAAAUAAAAAAUAUUUAUACCUGGUGCUAGAACACGUGUCCGGCGGGGAGCUCUUCGACUACCUGGUGAAAAAGGGGAGGCUGACCCCCAAGGAGGCCCGCAGGUUCUUCCGGCAGAUCAUCUCGGCCCUCGACUUCUGCCACAGCCACUCCAUAUGCCACAGGGAUCUGAAGCCGGAAAAUCUUCUCCUGGACGAGAAGAAUAACAUCCGGAUCGCCGACUUCGGCAUGGCGUCGCUGCAGGUGGGCGACAGCCUGCUGGAAACCAGCUGCGGGUCUCCCCACUACGCCUGCCCGGAGGUGAUCCGCGGGGAGAAGUACGAUGGCCGGAAGGCUGACGUGUGGAGCUGCGGCGUGAUCCUGUUUGCCUUGUUGGUGGGGGCGCUGCCCUUCGACGACGACAACCUGCGGCAGCUGCUGGAGAAGGUCAAGCGCGGCGUGUUCCACAUGCCGCACUUCAUCCCGCCCGACUGCCAGAGCCUGCUGCGCGGCAUGAUCGAGGUGGACGCGGCGCGGCGCCUCACGCUAGAGCACAUUCAGAAACACACAUGGUAUAUAGGUGGCAAGAAUGAGCCGGAGCCGGAGCAGCCUGCCCCGCGCAAGGUGCAGAUCCGCUCGCUGCCGAGCCUGGAGGACCUGGACCCCGACGUGCUGGACAGCAUGCACUCGCUGGGCUGCUUCCGUGACCGCAACAAGCUGCUACAGGACCUCCUGUCCGAGGAGGAGAACCAGGAAAAGAUGAUUUACUUCCUUCUCUUGGACCGGAAAGAAAGAUAUCCCAGCCACGAGGAUGAGGACUUGCCCCCCAGGAACGAAAUAGACCCCCCUCGGAAGCGCGUGGACUCCCCGAUGCUGAAUCGGCACGGCAAGCGGCGGCCGGAGCGGAAGUCCAUGGAGGUGCUCAGCGUGACGGACGGGGGCUCCCCGGUGCCUGCACGGAGAGCCAUCGAGAUGGCCCAGCACAGCCAGAGUAAAGCAGUGUUCAGUAAAAGCCUGGAUAUCGCUGAAGCCCAUCCCCCAUUCAGCAAAGAAGACAGGUCUCGGUCCAUCAGCGGCGCCUCCUCGGGCCUGUCCACCAGCCCCCUCAGCAGCCCCCGGGUGACCCCUCACCCCUCUCCGAGGGGCAGCCCCCUCCCCACCCCCAAGGGGACACCUGUCCACACGCCCAAGGAGAGCCCGGCUGGCACACCCAACCCCACACCGCCGUCCAGCCCCAGCGUCGGAGGGGUGCCCUGGAGGGCGCGGCUCAACUCCAUCAAGAACAGCUUCCUGGGCUCACCCCGCUUCCACCGCCGGAAACUGCAAGUUCCGACGCCGGAGGAGAUGUCCAACCUGACCCCCGAGUCGUCCCCAGAGCUCGCCAAGAAGUCCUGGUUUGGGAACUUCAUCAGCCUGGAGAAGGAGGAGCAGAUCUUCAUGGUGAUCAAGGACAAGCCGCUCAGCUCCAUCAAGGCUGACAUCGUGCACGCCUUCCUCUCGAUCCCCAGCCUCAGCCACAGUGUCGUCUCCCAGACGAGCUUCCGGGCCGAGUACAAGUCGGCGGGGGGGCCGGCGGUGUUCCAGAAGCCGGUCAAGUUCCAGGUGGACAUCACCUACUCGGAGGGUGGGGGCGCCCAGAAGGACAGCGGUGUCUACUCGGUCACCUUCGCGCUGCUGUCAGGCCCCAGCCGCCGCUUCAAGAGGGUGGUGGAGACCAUCCAGGCCCAGCUGCUGAGCUCGCACGAGCAGCCGCCGGCCCCACAGCUGGCAGACCCCACUAACUGCAUGGAGGUGAUGACGGGGAGGCUUUCCAAGUGUGGCAGCCCACUGGGUAACUUCUUUGACGUAAUUAAACAACUUUUUUCAGACGAGAAGAACGGGCAGGCGGCCCAGGCCCCCAGCACGUCCGCCCAGCCGAGGGCACCUGGCCCGCUCGGCCCUGCAGGGGACACCGAGCAGCCACCGGGCCCGGACACGGCCAGGACAGGGCCGCCCGCCGCCCGCCGCGAGCAGCCUUAGACCCCCACCCGGCACUGUCCAUCCAGCGCCCAGCUCUGUCCGUCCAGACUGUUGUGGCAAAGCCUGGGAGGAAAGGAAAGGGGCACCGGCGGGGUGCCUGCUCUCGCUUUCUCUCGCGCGGUUUCUGUGUCUCUCUGUCUCUGAUGCCGUCGCUUGUUUCCGCUCUGAUACCAGGACUUAUCCCGAAAAGUUAACACGUCACCUCCGCGAGGCCACCUCUGCGCUCCCGGCCGGACACUGGCUGACCGAAGGCAGCGGCUGCGACCUGCCUCCCUCCUCCUCCCACCCCCGCCCACCCCGGCGGCCCCCGCGCCCAGCUCUGCAUGGCCCCGUGAGGACGCGGCCGUGGGGACGCCCUCCAGCCAGCUGACCCGGACGCGGCGACCUGACUGCUCGGCAGGAACGGCCAGGCCAGGCGUGACCCCGCGGCGGCCGGGGCUGUGGGAGCGGAUCGCCCCGCCGCAGCCUCGCCAGCGCCCACCUCCCGCCGCCCGUCCUGGGCCCAGCGGAGGCACCGGCAGGAAGGGGGAUCCCACCCCCGGGGGCGGCCGCGCUGCGGGCCGGGCUGCGACCAGUGUUACUUACUCGCCGCUUUUACUGAAUUCCUGUACUUCUCUGUUCAGGGAAGGGGCAGCAGCGUUCUGCCGGCUGUCUGUCUAUCUGUCCAUCUGUCUUGGGCAGGGCGGUGUCUCGGGCCGAGGGGUGCUCUGGGGACAGAGCCCCCCAGGUGCCAGGGUGGGCAGGGAGGCAGGCAAGCUACUGUAAACUUUAAAGAAUUCCUGCAAGAUAUUUUUAUAAACUUUUUUUCUUGGUUGUUUUUGGAAAAGGGUGUGGGGGCUGCUGGGGCAGCACUAGGCCGUGUUUCCGUCACUAGCUCUUGGUUAUUUCUAUAAACAUAUCCACACAUAUAUAUAUUUAGAGGGCGAUGCGGUCAGCUCUGUCCCGGGCUGGCUGCCGGGGGCCCACGCGGGGGUGUGUGCUCUGGGCUCCGAGCCCUGGAGUGGAGGGCAGAAGGACAGCUCACCCGGGAGGGCAGGGGCGCCACAGGAUUUUUUUAGUAAAAUAACAAAAAGCUAUUAAAAAAAACUUAAAAACAGAAAGAAAGUGGGCGGUGCUGCCGUGGCACGUCUCGGGCACAGUGAGGUGGGGGCUGCCCGCCCCGGCACCUCCCGCGCCCCUCCAUGUGCCCGCCAAGCCCCAGGCCGGCCCCGACUGCCUGCUCGGGCUGCAUGCUUUGCUGUGACGAGUCCGUCUUGCUUUCGGUGUCUUCCCUGCCCCUCCGCCUCGCUGUAGAUUCUAGCGCUCCCGUCACACUGACCCUGCACCAUGGGCCGGGAUUUCGGUCCCUGAGAACAAAACGGAACAGCCACGAGAGCAAAGCCACGCGCACGAGCGGGAAGGGCCCAUGCGGCCCGGAGCACCUGAAGCAAUACCUCCCGUUCGCCUUCGUCUUUUGUACUUCAGACUCACGCGGACUCACGCAGACAUCACGGAAACGGACAAGCCCCAUCCAGUGUACCCCUUGUCAAAUAACUGUGAGCAACUUUAGUUCUGGAACAAUAAAUUCCUUCAGCAAUGA